GAGAGGACUUGAGGAAGUAGGUGAAGACUCUGUUCUGUUUUCUGUGAAGAACCCCACCCGCUGCAUCUAAAGGGUUGGAAUCAGGAAAUCAAUGUUUCCUGUAGGGGAUCCUGGUCCUCCCCUCUCCUCUGUCAGUCUCCUGCAGUGGUCACUGGCAGCCUGAGGUCUCUGCUGCUGGACUCAGUCCAUCCUGAAGCUGAACUGCUUCUUGAAACGUGCAGUCACCAUGGAGCAGCACUGUGGUUUAAUCACUGGCAACAAGGAGCCAGUGCCACUGAAGAGCAUCUCAGUAACCCUGUCCAUCAAUGACUUUGUGGCUAGUGUCUCUGCAACCUUAAAUUAUGAGAAUGAAGAGAAAGUCCCCUUGGAGGCCUUCUUUGUGUUCCCAAUGGAUGAAGACUCUGCUGUCUACAGCUUUGAAGCCUUGGUCGAUGGGAAGAAAAUUGUGGCCGAACUGCAGGAGAAAAUGCAGGCCCAUAGCAUCUAUGAGGAUGCCCUCUCCCAGGGCCACCAAGCUUACUUAUUGGAAGAGGAUGACUACUCCAGGGAUGUCUUUUCUUGCAAUGUGGGGAACCUCCAGCCUGGGGCUAAGGUGGCAGUGACCCUGAGGUAUGUGCAGGAGCUGCCUCUGGAGACAGAUGGGGCCCUGCGCUAUGUGCUCCCAGCAAUCUUGAAUCCAAGAUACCAGCUGUCUGAACCGUCAGCGAAGAGCUGCGUGAAUAUAAAGACCCCCAUAGUCCCAUUGGAGGACCUGCCCUACACACUCAGCAUGGUUGCCACCAUCACUUCCCAGCAUGGCAUUGAGAGGGUCCAGUCCAACUGCUCCUUGAGUCCUAUGCAGUACUUGGCUGAUGACAAGACGUCUGCUCAGAUUUCCUUGGCUGAAGGACACAAGUUUGACCGGGAUGUGGAACUCCUGAUUUACUACAAUGAAGUGCACAGCCCCAGUGUAGCUGUGGAGAUGGGGAUGCAGGACAAGAAGCCAGAUAGUUUGAUGGGAGCUCCUUCGGCAAUGGUGAGUUUUUAUCCAGAUGUCCCAGAAGUGGAGACCUCAAAGGCCUGUGGAGAAUUUGUGUUCCUCAUGGAUCGCUCCGGAAGUAUGGGAUUCCCGAUGAACAACCAGAAUGAUUCUCAGUUACGUAUAGAAGCUGCCAAGGAAACUCUGCUGCUGUUGCUGAAGAGUUUGCCUAUGGGUUGUUAUUUCAACAUUUAUGGAUUUGGAUCUUCCUAUGAAAAAUUCUUUCCGGAGAGUGUGAGGUACACUCAGGAAACAAUGGAGAAGGCAGUGGAAAGAAUUAAUUACCUAAAAGCAGACUUAGGGGGAACUGAAAUCUUGAAACCACUUCGCAAGAUUUACAAGGCACGCUCUAUUCCUGGCCAUCCCUUACAGCUCUUUGUCUUCACUGAUGGAGAAGUUAGUGACACAUUUACUGUCAUUAAUGAAGUUCUGUUUAACAGCAAAAAGCACAGAUGUUUCUCAUUUGGUAUUGGAGAAGGAGCCUCCACCAGUUUAAUCAAAGGCAUUGCCCGGGCAACAGGGGGCACUGCAGAGUUUAUCACAGACAAGGACAGGAUGCAGACCAAGGCUCUUGGGUCCCUGAAAUUUGCUCUAAAUUGUUCAGUGGAUGACAUUUCUCUGAGCUGGGAUUUGCCUCCUGGUCUGUCAGCUUGCAUGCUUUCUCCAGAGCAGACUGCCAUUUUUAGGGGUCAGAGGUUAAUCACCUAUGCCCAACUAACUGGGACUAUGCCUCAAGAAGAGAACUCAGGAGAAGUGUGCCUCAAGUACACCUUCAAUGGUAGGAGUCUUGAAAACAGGGUGACAUUUUCCUUACAACCCAAGACAAAUGCCAGCUUCACUAUUCAUCGGUUGGCUGCAAAGUCAUUGAUCCAGACCAAGGACUUGGGCUUCCAUGAGACUUCAGAAAGAGUGAAAGAGGAUGUGGUGGGCAUCAGCAUUCAGUCUGGAGUCCUCAGCUCCUUCACAGCGUUCCUCGCCAUAAACAAGGAGCUCAACCAGCCAGUACAGGGGCCGAUCGCUCAAAGGGAGAUUCCAAGGCCCAUCAUAUCUACAUCAUGUCGUGCACAUAAAGUUAAGCAUCGUUGCAAGAAAGGCUCGACCAGUAGAAUGAAAUCAAGCCGAUAUAAAUCAGCUGAUCUUGCAUUUGAUGAACUCGAAUUUUCAAGUCCUGGGAAUAGAAAUGCAGAAUCCUUGAGCAUGACACAAAUGUCAUAUUCUUCCACCAAGAAAAAUGAUGAUAAAGGUUUUAGAAAGAAUGUUUUUAUGCAACUGAUUUCACGCCAAAAGGCAAAUGGCUCCUGGGAGCUGGAUGAGGAUCUGGCCAAGAUCCUGCGCACUAACUUGGAAGACAUCAUGACUGCAAACCCUGUCAAGGAUGGAGACCCCUCAACCUGGGCCACGGUACUGGCUGUACUCUGGCUGCAUGCCAACAGCGAGGAUUUGAAGUGUGAGUGGGAACUUCUGGAAAGGAAGUCUGUGGCCUGGCUUCAUGACCAUGCAGGUUCCUCCAUCCCCAUGCUUGUGCGAGCUGGCAGUAAUCUCCUGAAGUUACCUGUGACCCCUGCUGUCUUUGGCUUCUGAGGAUGACACCCAUGAUCAAGAGUGUUUCCUGGCUACCACCGAUUCCCUCACUUUCUCUUUGGCUGAGAUAACUUUUAUGUUCUAUAUUUACCUCCUCCUCCUCCUCCUCCUCCUCCUCCUCCUCCUCCUCCUCCUUCUUCUUCUUAUUAAAGGGCUUCCCCACAACUUUGCUUAUCUCUUCCAAAUCCCUUUGUAUCUGAUCUUCUGCCCCCAUUAUUUCCUCUGUGAGAAGUUAUCAUGGUCCCUUACAUGUUCUCUUUAGUGCAACUUUUAUUUUAUGCAUAUACAUAUGACACCUAAAAGUUUUCCAGAGAAAUUACAAUAAAAUAGGUGGAUAGAAUCUUGAGUUAAAAUUGUAGGAUAGAUUCUGGACAAUGCCUGAAUUAAUAAUCUGCAUUAUUGUCAUCUACUCAGUUUUGUUCUUGCAUGAUUGAAGAUCAUACUAGUAAGGUUUAUGUUCAUAAGAACAGGAAUUGGAUAAAAGUUGAAAAUCAACAUCAAUGCAACAAAUACAGCAAUAUAACAAAGAGGUAAACCAAUAUCAUACAUUGCCCAUUUCAGAACUGCUAUGGAGAUUUUGAAUUGGUUCCAUUUAUAUUUCCGACUAUAUUACAUGUCUUUAUUUCCAUUUCCUAACUUCCUUGCAUUAAAUAAUACUAGGAGAUUAGUGUUUCUACUUAAUCUCUAACCACUUUGUGAGAUGGCUGCAAGGCCUCUGACCAAGCCUAUGCUAAAUGUGGUUUUUAGCCAGGCUCAACACAAGUGUUAAAGAACAGCUUUGAUUAACAAAAAUAAAGAAUAGCUAGGAUUUGAAAUGACCGUGUCAAUCAGUGCUUUUGUUCUUUUCUUUUCUCUCACUAUAAUAAAAUGCUUGAGAAAAUUAACAACAGGAAGAAAAGAUUUUGGAUGGGGGUUGACCAGUGGGUAAACUGCAAAUACACAAGCCUGAGGGUCCCCGUUGGCAUCCUCAGAGUUUGUAUAAUUAAGAUGGAUAUGGUAGAGCUGCCUCUAAAUCCUAGCAUUUACAGACACAGACAGAAGAUUCCAGGAGUUCAUUGAGAAGCCUCUAGACAAUGGUGAGCUCCAACCUCAGCUAGAAAUUGUCUCCCGAGCAAGGUGGAAGUGAUAGAGAGAACCCUUAUUCUUCCCUCAGCAUUCUCUCUGAUAUCUGUACUGUAGAUUGCAAAUGAAUGAGUUUAAUAAGUUUGCAAGAGGUGAAAAUAAAGCAACAAUUAGUAAACAGCAUGUGGACAACUAAAUGUCAUCUAAUCUGGAACUUAUAACAUCCUUGCGAAGUGACUAGGCAAGCCUAGUUGAGAAGACCUACUGGAGAGUUCCUGACAUACAGUCUUAGAGAUUUUGUGUAAGGCUGCUAAGUAAAAGGUCAAAUUCAAAGUAUCAGAUAGACAGAAAAACAUCAUUAACUUGGGUGUUUGCAACAUCUAAUAGAAAUGACUGGAGAGGCCUUGCUGAAAGUCAUGCUGGAGUUCCUGAUCCAGAUGUCCCUAGGAGAUCAUCUAUAUGUAAGAAUUUCCAGUGUCUGCUUCUCACUGUGGACAUUUCUAUUGCAUGGAAUAAGGAAUAGUAACCCUGGUAGGAACUGGUUUUUCCCAUAGCUGUUCUCAGAAGUCCAUUGUUUUUAGUACCCUUAUCUGUUUGCUGUUUUUUCUUUUUCUCUGUCUCAGUCCCAACAAACUAGCCUACUCUUGGACAAAAGGUCUUGGCGGACUGGGAAUAAACAGUGUCAUCUGUGGGACAAAAUCAAUCCAUUUUGUUGACAGAGCCUGCUCUCAGCAAGCACAAGAAGUACAUGACAAUUUACCAGUGAAAUUUAUACUAUAAUACCCAAUGUCUACUCUCAACUUGUAAACAUGCACCACCUACACACAGACACACAGACACAGAUCCAUAGAACCCCUGCCCCUGACAGAGAGCUGUGUGUAGCCACAAAGAAAAAGAAAAGACUGAUGUGGGUAAGUUGAUUUAUAAGUUUCAAGGCUGUUAGAGGCACAGAUCAGAAUAUUGGGGUACCAGUUGAGAUUUCUAGGUUCCUCUGCUAGGGAAGGAA